CGCAAUAAGUUAACAACCUGCUGAAUAAAGUACUGUUGAUAGUUGCACGCAAUCGAUAACCGUAUUUGUUGUCUUUUCGUCGUUCUCUAUUUUAAAUAGAAGUUUAUAAAAAGUGCGAGUACUUUCUAAUUAAUAAUUCUUGAUUAUCUGUAAUAUGGGGAUUUUGUGUGCAUCUUGUUGCAAAGUAUCAUCUUCGUGUGACGACUUAACACCCGAUUUGGAAACAAGACGAAGAAGGCAAAUGGAAGCAGCCGAAAAGAGAAUAGCAGAACAGGAACAACGAGGUAUAAAAGAUAUUGAGUCGGUUAAAAGGAAACAAAAACGUACUUUGGAACUUCAAAAACUUGAAGAAGAAGCUGGUAAUAUUAGUGGGCAAGGGAAACUUAAGUGGCAAGUGAAUUGAAUCAAGAAAAAUGGGUACACAGAUAAAGUGCACUUAUUUAAAAACGAAUGAUUUUAUAUAUAUUAUGUCUUGCAUAAAUGUGCGAAGACUAUUAAGAAAACAGUAAAAUGUCUUAUUGGCUAUACUAUAUGAUAUAAUAUCUUCUAAAGAUACUAUACAUUUAGAAUUUCUUUUAGUAAAGUAAUGUUUCUUAUCUAAAAAUACAUUUUAUUAUUUAAUACAACAGUUUUUUUUUUGUCAUUAGACAACUUGUGGCAAAUAAGAAAGAUUUUUCUGUAUUACAAGUAUUUACAACAAAUUAUAUGAUACUUAUAUUGCAUAUUUUAUAGCUUCUGUAUCAUUAUUGAGACUUUUUUUCUAUUGUAAUAUUUUUCAAUUAAUAUUUUAUAUAUAUAUAUACACAUACACAGAUAUACACUUCUUUUUAAUCAUUGUUGCAGAGUUAUUUAUUUUCUUAUGUAAAUGUGCAGAAGAACAUACAAACUUGUGCAUAUUUUUGAUUAUUAUAAGAGUAAUUAUAGCUGUUUGUUAAAUAUUAACGCAACAACUGAAUGAUCCAUUAUUUGUAUUAUUAAAGUGCAUACUUUCAGUAAUUAUCCAUAUCAAUAAAUAUAAAAUAUAAAAUGAUUUUUACUAAAUGUUUUGAUCCGGAGAUAAAAGACUAAAUUUGCCAAUUAUUGUUUACAAAUAAAUUCUAUACUACGUAAAAACAAAAUUUUUUAACAUGGUAAUUUAUUUCAUUAUACAAUUAAAGUAUGUAUAUAAAGUGCAUGGUAUUAAUAUCGCAGGGCGAACCUGUUUAAAAUGUUUAUUAUACGUUAUGUUAAAUUAUAUAGAGUAUAUUUUUGUUAUUAACACGUACAGUCUUAGAUAUAAAUUUUCAAGUGAUAUCAAGUCACGUUUCAUAUAUGUAUUUUUUUGAAUAGAAAUUGUAGAUCGUUAUGUUAUACAAAAGUGUUUAUUGUGGUAAAAAGAUUAUCCUAAUUUUUAGUUAUGUAAUAAAUUAUAUUCAUGUAAAUA